AUGUGGUGUGGUGUGGCGUGGCUUUCUGUGCGUCAGUGUCAGCUGAAGGCCGUCCUGCUGACCUCCCAUAUAGUACGGAACGGAGGGUCAGCCUGCCUCACAGGGAGACACUUCUGCCGUGAAAGGAUACGAGGGCCUCCCAGGGGGCCCCGGGGGACCUCCACCACCCCGAGCACGCGUCCAGCAGCUCCGCGGGGGGAGAGAGGUGGUAGGUCGGUGUCGCGGGAGCGCGGCGCCGCCAACAAGCAGCCGUCUGCCGCCGCCACGCCCUCGGGCCGCGCCGCCAAGCUGAACGGCCUCGACCUGCUGGACGAGGACGCCGACGCGGGCCCCGCCAUUUCCUCCGCCGACAUCGACCAGCUCAUGGAGGACUUCGACCUCAACGACCCGCUCAUGGAACCCGAGGUGAAGCCCGCCGAGCCGCCGCCGCCGCCCAAGCAGCAGGAGGAGGUGAAGGAGGAGAAGCCCAGCGGACUGGCGGGGGCGCUGCCGGGCGGGCUGGGUGCGGGGCUGUCUGGCCUGGCCAAUCCCAUGGGCAAGCUGGGAGACCUGGCGGCACAGAACCCCGUCACGGACGUCAUGUCCAAGGGCAAGGACUUCCUCUUCAAGAGGUUUGGACUAUGAGAGGCAGCCCGCGCCCCCCCAGCCCCGGCACCGCCACCGGGGGGCUGAGCUCCCUCACGCCCACGCCCCUGUGUGCCGGGCAGGCGUGGCGUGUCCCGUACCCCGCCGCGCCCCGCCCCUCAAGCUCAAGGUCCCUGGUGUCUUGUCCCCCCACCCCCCCGCAGCCACGCGGCGAGCGGCGAGGAGAGAGUGCAAGCCGUGGCUGAAGGGAGGCAGGAGCCGCGCGUGACGCCGCCCUCCUGGUGACGCGGGGCUGCCCAUCUAGUCAGGUCGCCAGCAGCCUCAGGUCACCCCGCCACACGCCUCCCUCCCCCCCCACGACGUGAUGGCACUCCACCGGCGCCACCCACCCACCCCGGGAGUGGCGCCGGCACUACCAAAGACUGGUGUAUCCCCCUCCUCCUCCUCCUUGACCUUGACCUACUCCUUCGUUACCAUCCUGCAGAAUCCUUCCCUCCUUCCUUCCCUUCACGAUGCCGUUUGUUCCGCGUUUCUCCGCUGCACAACUUGAGCCCAACCCAGAAGUACGUAACACACACACACACACACACACACACACACACACACACACACACACACACACACUGUUGUUUCUCACGCGACUGUACUGCGCGCACACAUAAUACACACACACACACACACACACACACACACACACACACACACACACACACACACACACACACACACACACUCGGCCAUAACAAGUGUUUGGUGCUACUACUCAUACAUAACUGACUGACAUCAUCAUAUUUAGCUUAGUUUGUUUUUCCGCUACAGUGUGUUCAAGGCAACGACCCGGGGCCACUAACAACACUGAAUCCCUCUACUCCUCCUCCUCCUCCUCCUCCUCCUCCUCCUCCUCCUCCUCCUCCUCCUCCUCCUCCUCACUCUCUAGGAUACACCUCUUUAUAAUGAACGGACCAACGCAUUUGUAAGCUGCUUGUAAAUGUGUAAAAAAAUAUAUAAGGUAUACAUAUUAUUAUACAUAACACACUCGUUCGUUCACCGGUUGAUAUACAUAUAUACAUUACCUCCCUCCCCUCCCCUCCCCUCCCCUCCCCUCCCCUCCCCUCUCCGAUUCCUUUCCUUCCCCAGCACAUUUCUCUUGGGACAAAACCCCUUCCCUUCCCUUCCCUUCCCUUCCCUUCCCUUCCCUUUCCUAUCAGAAUCUCCUCCCUUCCCACUUCCCCAUCACAUCCUCUUAUCAGAUAAUCUCUAUAAACACUCCCGUUUCUUUCCCUUCCCUUCUUUUCCUACUCCUCUUUUUUUUUCUCUCCUUUAUCGCAACUCCUUUUUUCUUCUUUUUUUUUUUCAUUCCCUCCUAAACCCAUCCCUUACUCCCCUUCUCUUUAUUCCCUUGUCUUUACCCCCUCUCCCAUAUUCCACCAUUAACACCCCUUCCUUCCCCUCGCCCCUUCCCCUUCCCUAUCUCCCCAUACAUCCAUAUAGCUCGUAUAUUUACCUCGUUACCCUCAAAAAAACAUCCCAUACACUCCCAUACACUCCCAAACACUCCCUGCCCUUCCUAUAUCACCUUUGAAAACAUCCCUCCCAUAUCCCCUUACCGUGUUCCCCAUAGACAAUACAUCCCCUACAGCCCCCAUACACCCCCAUACACACUAUAGCAUUAACGCCUUCGUUUCUCCCGUGUCUGUGUCAUGUAGUGUUGUCAUUGCUAGUGUUUUUUCUAAUGAAGUGUAAUAAUGAAAGCUGAUUAUUAACGUUAUAUCUCUACGUACAGUACACUCAAGAAGCAGCUGACACGUGUAUUAUGAGGCAGUGUUCACGGUAAUACUACUGAUUGCGUGCUGGUACUGUUAUUGCUACUGUUACUGCUGAUAAUGAUGAUGAUGAUGAUGAUGCUACAGCUACACGAUCUUUUGCUAGUUUCUGUCCGUUAACGUUUGCUGUGGGACUUUUUUUUUCUUUCUUUUCUUUUUUUUUUUUCGUGUGUGUGUGUGUGUGGUUAAGUUUGUUUGUUUGUUUGUUUUUUGUGAGGAACGUUUGUUGUUUUGUGUUGAUUUUUUUUUUUUCGUUUUUGUUUUGUGGUGUGGCAUAACAUUUGAAAAACGAUUCUCUGUUGUUUUCGUUCUUCCUCUUUUUUUUAGUUCUUAGUUUUGUUCAUUUAUAGUUGAAAGUCACGUUUUUUUUUUUUUUUUUUUUUUUUUUUUUUACAUUGAGAACAUUGUUUAUUUGUUUACAUUGAAAACACUUUUUAUUAUUAUUAUUACUGCAUUAAGAACGCCAGAUUGUGUUUCACUUUGCAGUAAAAAUACGUAGCUUUUGUUUAUGCUCACAAUAAGAAUGCGUAUUUUUUUUUUUUUUUUUUUUUUUCCCAUUGAGAACGUGAUUUAUUUUUUCUACUUAUUUAUUUUAUUUAUUUUAUUUUUAUUUAUUUAUUUAUUUAUUUAUUUAUUUUUAUUUAUUUUUAUGCUUACAUUGAGAACACGAUUUUUUUACAGUAAAAAAAAAAAAAAAAAAACUAAUUUUGCUAAUGUUUACAGUAAGAACAUCUGGAUUUUCUUUACGUUUACAGAAGCAACACACGUGAUCGCAGUAACGUUUGCAGGGCAGGACUAGCAUUGAGAACGUUUAGAGGCAGCGUUCUCCCGGGCAGCGGCGGGCAGGAGGCGAAUCACGGCCGCCCUCACUCCCUGGCGCACGUGUUCCCCUCACUCCUCACUCCUAUACACGCUAGGCUCCAUCUCUACUAUUUUUUUAAGGCUGUAGCGAAGUUAUCGGGGCUCUCAAGUAAUUUAACGAGCUAUAUUGGGAGGAAACGCUGCGAGAAUACGAGUAAUCAUCUUUGUGACCUUCGAAAACAGUCAUUAGGAAAAUCUUUAGUAUUUUCUGAAGACUGCAGUGGAAGUUAUCGGUAUUCACAAGUUUUCAUGAAGUUAGCAGUACUUUAACAGCCUCUCUGCAUCAUUAUUGGGAGAAAACAAUUUGAGAAAACUAGUAUUCAUCUCUGUGGCCUUUGAAAAUAGUCCUUACGAAAAUCUCAAGGGUUUUCUGAAGGCUGUGGUGGAAGGUAUUGGGGUUCUCAAGUACGUUUUGAUAAUACUGGUGGUAAUUUAGCGCACGGUAUCGGGAGGGAAAACGCCACGAGAACACGAGUAAUCAUGUCUCUGGCCUUUGAAAAUAGUACUAACGAAAAUUCUCAGCGUUUCUGAAGGCUGUUGUGGAAUUUAUGAGUGGUCUCAAUUACGUUUCCAUUAUACUGAUGGUACUGCAAAAAAUAAAAAUAAAUAAAAAUUCUGCGUCAUCAAUGAGAGAAAACGCUAUGAUAACCCGACGAGCCAUUUUUGUAGCCCUUAUGAGAAGUUAUUGGUGUUUUCAAGUGCAUUUUCAGUAUGACGGUAAUAAUUUAACGAAGACUCCGCUUUAUUAUUGGAAGGAGACGCCACGAGAACACGAGGAAUCACCUCCGUGGCCUUUGAAAACAGACCUUACGAGAGACCAGCAUGCUUAAGAGUGCUGGCCUUCGUUCCCCAACCCGCUGCCAGUCUCCUUACAAAACCUGACGUAUUCUAAGCAGGCCGAGAGCGCGAGACUAAGAAGGUUAUCCUCAAACACUCCUGCGCCGCACCUCCACUGCUUUCAAAAGGAGAGAAUUUAAGUGACAGGUUCUCUAAGAAGUUUUUACGAUUCUAGUGGCAGAUUAACAAAAUUUCUAUAGUAUAAACAGGAGAAGCACUUUUGAGAACGCAGUUAGUAAUUUCCGUGGCCUUUGAAAAGUUAUGGAGAAGUUACAUGGGUUUUCAAGGGUGUUUUUGCUAUAAUGACAGAAUAACGAGAUGUCUACAUUAUGAAAAGAAAAAACGCUUGAAAACCCAGCUAAUAAUUAGAAAAUAGUCGUGGUGGGAGAGCAGAGCGGUUAAGAGUAGAGGAGUGAGGGAAACUAAACUAAAAUGGGAAUGCAGCUCGUGACGUCCUGUGUCCGGUGUUGUGCGUGUGUGUGUGCGCGGCGCUGCGGCGAGUACAGGCGCGGGAAGACACGUGUCACCACCUUAGUGAUAUAAUACACCUCUCAUUAACUCGUCGGAACUGAGCUCUUCGUCAGAAAGAUUCAAAUAUAUACACACAUAAAAAAUAUAUAAUAAAAAAAUACCCCAAUAAAAAAAAAAUGUACUAUAUCUAUCACACACUCUACUACUCUGCCCUUAUGAAUCCAACUUUCCCUUCUUGAGAAUUCUCGUCCAGUUAAAAGAUAUAAAAAUACAAAGCAAGUGAAUGAAUUACGAAACAAAAGCGAGUCAGAAUUCUUUAUAAUCUUUACUGCUCUUUAACCCUUUAUCUCUUUACCCGUAUAAGUAAAUAGAUUAAUUCCAUUUUAAAAGUUUAGGAUUAACAGAAGAAAAAUACUAUUAAUA